AUGGUCGAUGCCUCCAAUGUUGCUGUUGGCGCGGUUCUUCAACAAAGUCUGCAAGAUUCUACUGUGCAAUUGGCUUUCUUCUCCAAGAAACUAUCCAAGGCCGAAACCCGCUACAGCACAUUCGGACGUGAACUUCUCGCCGCUUAUCUUACCGUAAGGUACUUCUGGCAUUUACUCGAAGGUAGAGCGUUCACAAAUUUCGCAGAUCAUAAGCCACUCACGUUUGCAAUGCAUUCCCAAUCUGACAAGAUAAGCCUCGGGAGAUCCGUCACCUGGACUACGUUUCGCAGUUCACUGCAGACAUCCGCCAUUUUGACGGGUCACAGAAUGAGGUUGCUGACGCACACUCCAGGCCCUCUAUUGCUCAUCUUUAGCUUUCACCUGGGAUAGACCUCGCUGAGAUGGCCGCUGAACAACGCCGUGUCAGUCCACCCUGUGAUGAGGAUGUUUCCGGACUCCAUAUUCAGGAGCUACCACUGACAACUGGCAACGGCACUAUUCUAUGCGACAUAUCCACCCCUAUCCCACUGUCCAUUUGGGCCACCAUCCCUCCGCCGUAAAGUUUUCUCCUCCCUGCACAAUCUCUCUCAUCCUGGGAGUCGAACAACCGACAAGCUGGUUUCCCACCGCAUUGUCUGGCCUGGAAUGCACAAAGGGCUGAAAGCCUGGACGCGAGCUUGUAUGGCCUGUCAACGGAGAAAGAUCCAGCUGCACAACAAGGUCCCCAUUGUGACCUUCCCUGGCCCAGGUUCACGGUUCAGCCACGUUCACCUGGAUAUUGUAGGCCCCCUGCCUCUGUCCAAUUGUUGUUCCUAUUUCCUCACCUGUGUGAAUCGGUUCACUUGGUGGCCUGAAGCUAUUCUCCUGCCUGAGAUUGCUGCUCCAACGGUGGUCAAGGCUUUUCUCAGUCGUUGUGGUUGCUAUCUUUGGUUCACCCUCCACAAUCAUGACUGACCGUGGUGUCCAGUUUAAGUCUAACCUCUUCCAGUCUUUACUCUCCUUUUUAGGCUGUACCCGCAUCCGGACUACAGCGUAUCACCCGGCUUCUAACGGGAUGGUCGAGCGAUUUCACCGUCAGCUAAAGGCCUCCCUACGCGCCGCAGCCGAUCUGGAGAACUGGACGGACAGCCUUCCCCUGGUCCCCUUGGGCAUCUGUUGCGCUCUGAAGCCGGACCUUGAUUGUUCCGCAGCUGAACUGGUGUUCGGCUCCACCGUCCGACUCACCGGUGAGAUGAUCUCGCCAACCCCUCAAGGUGCAGUGGAGGAUCUUACCAACCUCCUGCAUCGCCUCCGGCAGUUUAUGCGGACACUUUCUUCGGUUCCUCCAAGGUCAUCCGCCUCUCCGUCUUAUCUCGAGAAGGACUUGGCUACGGGCUCUCACGUCUUCCUUCGAUGUGAUUGA